ACGAUAGCUAUUGAUGCCACUCACGCACACGCACACAUACAUAAAUUAGGUGGCCCCGUAAACUACAGUGUUUUUCAUUUGGUAAACAAAAAAUGGACUUUAUCGACGACUUCAUCGAGGAAUACAAAAGCAAUCCAUGCUUGUGGAAGGCGGACUCGGCGGACUUCAGAAACCGCAGCCGCCGGCAGGAGGCCUACGCGAAGCUCAUCGAGGUGGCCACCAAGCACGGGGAGAUGUACAAUGUGGAGCGAACAAAGCAAAAGAUAAACAAUCUGCGCUGUGCAUUUCGUCAUCAGCUGAGGAAAUACAACGAGGUCAAGAAAAAGGGCGAGAAGUACGAGCCCUACUGCCCCAAGCGCCGCUACUUCGAGUCCCUGAUGUUCCUCAAGGACGAGGAGAUCCCCGCCGACAAGAAGUGUAAGCGCGAGCAGUCGGUCUGCAUGGACAACUCCAUGCAGCUAGGGGCGCCAGAGAACGGCGACGAGUAUUCCGACGCCGAAAGCCUGCACAAGCCCCCAAAGCCGUCGGCAGACUCGAUCAAGAUGUCACCCAACAACAGCGCCAACGAAUUCUGUGCCAACAUCUUCGAAGAGGCCGCCGCUGCCGCUGACCCCGUUAUCAGUAUUAAGACAGUCAACAACGCCAACAGCCAUGCCAGUGGCGCUACCAUCAAGGAGGUCGAAAUCGUGGUGCCUGCUAACAACAGGCUGCUGUCCGCCCGCAGAAAAUCCGUGCCCGACUCCAUAAAGUCUCCGCCUGGCGACCCCGAAUCGCCGCAGUGCAAGCGCGUCGUCGCCCAGAACCAAACGAAACUGAUCAGUAAUCAGAGCCCGAGCCAGAAAGCCAAUCACAUAAUACGGAAAAGGUCCUCCUCGGUCUCGUCGCAGAUUUCGGAGGACAACGAGCCGCCGCCAGGUAAAUUCCGGGCGGACAUUUCCACCAUUGACUUUGAGCGCCUCUUUUCGCUGGCCCUGAAGAGUGCGGACAGCCAGCUGGACGACCACUUCUCCAACUUCGGAAAAAUUAUCGCCCACAAGCUUCGCUCCAUGGACGGGACACAGGCUAUCUAUGCGGAAAAGAUCAUCGCCGAUGUGCUGUAUCAGGGCCAGAUGAAAAUGCUGUCCUCGCUGAGUAUACACCAGUUUAUGGGCGUGGACAAUGCAACAGUUUACCUAGAGAGCCACAGUAAAUGAUGGCCUGGCCCCUUUAAAGACGUACUUUUAGAGUUUAUGUAAUAAUAAGAUGUAAAGAGACAGUCAUGUGUA